AUGGAUUUUGCAAAACAACAGCAGAAUAAUAAAGGUCAGCGACAGUUAUUUGACAGUGUAUGGUCAUAUAGUAGUAUUGAACAUGAUGGUCUUGUUCGAUAUCGAGAUCCAUUGAAUCCAUAUGGUGAUUUUCAGACAAUGAUAAAAAUAACAUGUAUUCUUAAACCUGGUGGAUUUCUAUUUUUGAGUGUACCACUUAACGUUCAAGAUUUAAUUCAAUUCAAUUUACAUCGUCUAUAUGGAUCUAUUCGUUUACCACUUUUAUAUCGAAAUUGUCAUGUUGUUGAAAUGCUAGGCACAGCAAUGGAAAGAAUAAGAGGCUCUACUGCUGCUCAACAGUUUGUUGUUUUGCAAAAUAAAGUAGGAUGUAAAAGUUCCUAGCAAAAUGAAAUUCAAAAAACCAAACGACAAUAUGGAAAUUAAGACAGUCUUGUGGAUCUUUUUCUAAAUAAAGCAUAUCAUAUUUUUUAGGAUAAGAUUUUUUGUGAUAAUUGAACUGCAUGAUUUUAAUGAACAAAUAAAUUAAGGAAGACAUUAACUAAGCUUUACAUGCAACAGUAAAUGACUUGUCAUUGUACGAAAGAGAACAUUGAAGAGGUUCCCUUCGUGAAGAAACAUGAAAUACACCUUGUCUCAUUAUUGAAAUUCAAUUUACUGUAUGAAAAAAUAAUUGAUAGCUCGAUCUGCUUUAGAAAGAAAUCCCAUUAUGAUAUCAUCAUGUCAUGACUUGAUGUUAGAUUAAAAUAAAACCAAAACUAUCUUAUCCUUACUGUUAUUAUAAAUGAAUAAAUAAUGAUAUAUGUCUAUAAUUACAUAAAUUCGUUCCUUGGUUUCAUAAAUCAUUCAUUUCAACAGAUAUGAAUGCGAUAAUAGAAGUAUUAUUAAAAACCUACAAAAUGGUCUACGGACUAAAAUCCUCAAUUGAACUUUCAUAUGGAUUGAAUUUAUUGAAAAAUAUUUCUUUUAUACUUACUAAAACUAUUGUGAUAAUGGAACGGCAACAAUUGUUUUCGUCGAAGGUGAGCAUGUCAUUUAGAUGAAUGUAAGAUGACACAAUUAAACAUUUACUAGUUAUUAUCAAGAAAAAACAAAUGUGAUAUUCCGCUUAGUAAGCAUAUGCUAGAAUCAUGAAUUUCGACUACAUGAUAGUCAUACAAUCUCAGUUUUGGCUUAUAUAUCAAGUUCAGAGAUACAGACUUAUUCAAGUUUAAUUGAAAAAUAAUAUCGUAUUUUUUGCUCUAAUGAAAACAAGAUAGAAAGACCAAAAACUUUUAGAACAUUGUAACGGUUUGACUUUUCAUUUGAUUGUUUCUCUUUUUCUACAUGUAAUAAUUCAUUAUCAAAAUGAAUUAGUAUGAUGAAAGAUACAUCAGAAAUGUUUAAUAAAUACACACUUUAUUGUAUUUCUUUAUAAAUCUACUUUCAAUUCGAAAGAUUUAAAUUUAUAUUUAAAAUUUGAAAAUUCGAAAUUUAUCAGUGCACAUCUUUUAAGUGAAAUGUACUCUUGAAAUAUUUCUAUUGUAGCGAAACGCAAGAUUUAACAUAAUCAACUAUAUAAUGCAUGUCUUUGAUGCUAUUUACCUAUUCUCUUAUUGUGUACUAAAAACUGUUGUAUCAUAUAUUAGCUUACUUUACUAUUCUUUUCUUUCCUUCUUUUUAGAAUAUGUCGUAACAAGAUAUAAACUGAGCAACAGUCAAGAACUUUUUAGACGGGGUUGGGUGUGGGUGUGGGUGGG